AUGAAGGAAAAUGAAAUACAUUUUCGUCAUCUAAUACUCUUUUAUUUCCUGAAAGCUAAAAACGCUGCACAAACAGCAAAGAAGAAAUGUGCUGUUUACGAAGAUGGUGUCUUAGCUGAAAGCACUGUUCGUAUGUGGUUCACUAGGUUUAGAGCCGAAAAUUAUGACCUUGAAUAUCGUCAAUGUUCUGGUAGGCCUACAGUUGUUGAUAAUGAACAAAUAAAAAUAACCCAUGUUACACAACGCGAGACAUCACAGAGAUUCUCCAUGUACCUCCGCUGUCUGCAGCUAGCAGAACAUGACCCUUUCUUUCGAAGUAUGAGAUUUUAA